AUGUACUCCAACCUAGUCUCUCAGGCUAUGCUCGGCCUCGGGUUCAUAGGGUACGUCGCUGCGACAAACCCUGGCUGCGCACACCCCUGUAUCCAGCUUCACCCAAACCAUCAAGAACCCUGGUUCUGCCCCGUCGGAAUCCCCAGGCCUCAUUACCACAGCGGUAAAUGGCCUACGCCGGAGGAAGAAAACCUCGCCAAGGCUCUCAUCGGCCCUGUUACCAAGCAACAGCCUUGCGGCUGGCAGGCUGAUGGCAAACUCUGCAGAGCCUCUCAGAACGCUCAUGUCUCUCUAAGCCUUGUCUCCUCAAAGCCUCUCACCGUCAAGGUCAAGGUCAACAACCAUGAUUCGUACCCAAUCACAUUUUGGACGAAGUACUCUCCUCUCAGCCAGUAUGCUUUUGAUUAUGGGUACUUCAAGAUCACCGCCCAAGGUGAUCAUUCCGUUACCCUCGCACCCCCGCCAGAGGGGUACAGGCCAGAAGCUGCAUCUGAACUUUCUGUGAUCCUCCCUGGUGAGGCGUUGGAGGCAGACAUUGUCCUGACCGACCCGAACCAUGUCUUCCAUCAAAUGGUGAAGAGUGGUGGUGAUAUCGAAAUCAGCAUGUCUGGACAGUGGAAUGGACUUUGGGCUACAACUGCGCCUGAGGUUAUGAGGAGUGAUUUGGUUCAUUGCUGCAACAACAUCUGGAACACCCUAAACAUCACUUGGUCGUCAUUGAAUAAGCUCCUGCUGCGCUUUCCUAAGGAGCAUCACGUCUCUGCGGUGCCACAACAUUCUGAACCGAGAUAUGGAGCUAAGCCUAGAGCUAGUGCCGCUAAUGAGCCUACUUAUGGCGAUGAUUCGUCAGGCGUCAGUUCCGAUGUUGGACAUGAGACGGAAGAAACCUCGAGCGCAGAUCAGUCUGAUUCUACUCCAAAGGAUGAGGCCGAAUCUGGAGAGAGCUAUGCUAGUGAGCAGCCAACCAAAGAGUCGCCAGAGUAUACCAGUCCAGAAAACGAGGCUGAUUAUUCUUCUACUGAGUCACCAGCUGCUGAAUCCCCAGCCUAUGGCUCAGCCAGUGCGUCGCAGUCUGGUGCGAACAAAGUCGCGGCUACACCUGCACCAUUUUUCGCUAAAUCUGGACGCGCUGAGGAGGAACCCAAAGCUACAGCUGCUACGCGAAGCUGGACAACCAUGCCCUCUACAACCACUCAGCCAGUAUAUAAGCUGGGUGCCCGUUCAUUGGUUGCAUGUGACAAGGAUUGCAAAUGCAAGGAUCAUUAG